AUGGAUUUGCUGAACUGGGACGAAGUAUCACUGCAGGAAGUGUCCCCUGGGAACGGGCUUUUUAGGCAGGGAGGAACCGAACUUGGCUUCUAUUUCCCUGAAUCGGCACUCCAAGGGGACAAGCAGACAGCAGAGACUUGCUGGAAAGGUCCUAUUCAGCUGUGGCAGUUCCUAUUGGAGCUGCUCCGGGAUGGGGCUCGUAGCAGCUGCAUCCGUUGGACGGGCAACAGCCGCGAGUUCCAGCUGUGCGACCCCAAAGAGGUGGCGCGACUGUGGGGCGAGCGGAAGAGGAAGCCGGGCAUGAAUUACGAAAAGUUGAGCCGAGGUCUACGCUACUACUACCGCCGAGACAUCGUCCUCAAGAGCGGUGGGCGCAAGUACACUUACCGCUUCGGAGCCCGCGUGCCGGAUCUAGCCUAGCUGGAUCGUGCUGCUUGGGGACAGGGAGCAGUGACCCAAUAA